UCUCAGAGCCAAACAGAUAAAGGACAGGAAACCAGUCUAUGCUGUCAUUCCCUUUAAUAAUAGCGAAAGUAGUAAUUUAAAGAAAUUCCAAAAGCAGUGAAGCAAAAGGGUGUUCUGGAUUAACAAAAUGCGGGAACCAAUCAUUUUUGUAGUGCAGUUCUUAUGUUUAGCGUUUUCAGCCAUAGGUGAUCCAAAUUAUGUUUACCAAGAACCAGUGAGUCUUUGUGCAGGUAAAGAAGUUUCAACCAAAUUUGAAUAUGGUGAUUCUAAAGUAGAAUUUAAUAACUUGACAGCAAUAAAUUGGACAUUUAGAAAGACCAAACAAGAAAGCACAGUAAUCUUCAGCUACUAUAAUAAACAGACAAAGUUCAAGGUGCGUGUUCCAGAAGGAAACCAAUUCAAAAACAAAGUAACAUGGAUUCCUAAUACAAUAAAUCUGAAGUUCAGUAAUCUAACAACAGAUGAUACAGGAUUUUUCGAUGUUUCUAUAACUAUUUUUGAAGCAGGGAAGGCUGAAAGUAAAGAUAAAAAUGGAACUUUCCAGCUGACUGUCAAUGAUCCAUGUGUAAUGGCCAAAGUGAACAAUGAGGGUGGCUGUACAAUGUUGACUUGUUCAACAAUGGAGGACAACCCAGUUUAUUCAUGGACUGGUCAAGAUGCUGAAGGAAAGACAGUCAGUAGCAUUGAAGUUUGUCCAAAGGAGGAAAUGAACUAUAGUUGUUGUGUUGAUGCCCAGAAGACCAAAUGUACAUCCUUCACAGCAGAAGCAGCUAAAGACAAUGGUGAGAAUGAUGGAGGAAUACCUACUGGAACUAUUGUUGGAGUUGUAGUUGCAAUAUUAGUAUUUGUGAUAAUAACAAUAGUUAUUGUUCUUGUUCUAAGACACAAGAGAAAAGGUAAAAAAGGGUACUCUGCAACAGCAACAAAUUAAAAACCUAGAAAUGAAAGAACAAGUUUUCGGAAAACAUCUUUACAAGAGGCAGUCAUACUUCUAGUUCCAUCUAUGGUGUAUUUAGAAAUAAAAGAUGAUAUAUCUUCACAAUGAAACAAAGAAGCUGGGAUAUAAUGUAAAACUAAAUAGACCCAUGCCUAUUUGGGUAUGGAUUAUAUGAUAAAUAUGUUGAAGAGGCAGAAGUAAAGAAAAUAUUGAAAAUAUCGGACCUGAAAUGAUGAUAUGGACAUUGACUGCAUUCACAACAGAUAGACAACUUUAUAUUUAUUAUAGCCCAGCUUUUUUAAUAUAAUUAUCAAAAUUCUCCUAAAGUAUCGAAAACAGAUUUUGAAAGUUGUAAAAUAACAAAUUAGAGGUGUUACGGUAUAUUUGGUAUUAUUUGAAAUAUUCUACAUCCCAUUCUGUCUUAAUUUUACAAUUAAUGUGCUAAAAUAAAUUGCCUAAAAAAUAAUCUCAGUAAUAUUAUCUAUAUGAUCUAUAGUUAGACAUUUGAACUAGAUGUUAAUGAUACCCAAGAAACAAAGGUGAAAUAUGUGUCGUAUCAGUGUUCUCCAAAGAGCAUUUUUAAAGAUUCUUUGAGAAACAUUUUUAUCUUAGAUUUAUUUUAAAAUUUGGCUUACCCUGAUGUUUACUGCAAAAAUUACUAUUUUGUUAUUUGGCACUAUGUCUGGAUUCUAUUUGCAAUUUCUUGGGAGAACACUGAGAACAUUUACAAUUAAAUGUAUUGGCCAGAUCAUUGUUAUGAAAACUUGUAAAUUAAUUGUUCUUCAUUUUAUUAUACCACCACUAUAGUAGUGGGGGCUAUAUUGCAAUCAGUCUGUUUGUCCAUCAAAUCUUUUCAUCGCACUUAAAACUACUAUACAGAAUGUUUCCAUAACUGUUUAGAAGCUUAACCGUGAUGAGUUGUAAAGAAGGAUUUAAGAUACCUACUACCUGUUUGCAAAUACUCAAAAUAUUUCUAUAUAUUGAAUGAAUUUAAAAAAGUUGGGAAACGUUUCUCCAAUACUACUAAACAUAAUGACUUCAUAUUUGAUCCGCAGCUCAAUAGUUAUGAGUAGUUAUUCUGUACAGAACUGUAACAGUGUAAGAUAUAGUAUCUUAUAUUUGGCCUUUUUAGUUUAAUUUGUUAUGUUUGUAGAAAGAUGAAAUUGAGACUGUUUUAGAAAGGGUACAAUUGCAGCUUCCGUCUUAAAAAAGACAAGAGUGGGAAAGUUAUACUGCAUCUUUUAUAUGAUUAAAAGAGACAUCAACCUCAUGACAGAAAAAAGCAAAAGUCAUGUAGAGGUAUAUGGUCUAAAAUAAUAGACAAGUAAAAAUAUUAAGUUCUUAAUUACCAAAAUCUAAAAAUAAAUUGGUUAAUAAAUUUAACUGAGAUGAUCAAAAAGUAUCUGUUUGUAGGCUUCUUCAAGAAAGACAGUUGUAAAGCCUUAUACAACAUUAUAAUCUCUCAGUAACUUUGUAACAUUCAGGUUUCCUUCAAUUUUAUUUACUAAAUGAACUAUUUGGAAUAUACACGGCCAAGUUUUAAACACUUCUAAAUAAAUUCAAAUUUUCAAGUUUUAUGAUUAUUAGAAUGUAAAACAUUAAUUGGAACAAUUUUAAUCCAGAAAAAAAAAAUAUUCCUGGUUUUAAAAAUGGAAGAUUCAAUAUUAUUUUUCCCUACAAAGAUUUUAAAGUUUGAAGAAGAUAUAUACAUGCUGCAGUUAUUCUUGUGUAGGGAGAGCAAUUUUGUAAAUUGUGUUAACCAGGCUAUCUAUUAAGUGUGAAAAAAAACUUGCUUUUAAAGUGCUUGGCAUAUUUGAUGUGCAAUUGUAGUUGAUCUUGUGGCCUUAAACAUGAAACUGUUUAAAUUUCAAAUGUUCAUAUAAGGUGUUUGUUGUUGUUUUUAUAGUGUAGUAAUAUUAACAAUGUUUACAUAAAUGUGUGUGUGUGAUUUAAAGAUAUGCUGUUUUAUAAUUUAAGAGAGCAUAAUAAUGUAAAAAGUUAGCAUAGAUUAAGUGAAUAAGACUUUAUACUUGCUGACAGGGUUUUAUAUCUAACUGUGACACUAUUAUUUUAAUUAAUUGAUAUUUUAGAAUAUAUGUUUGAAUGGGUAGACAUCAUUGAUGUUCAGCGUUUGACUUGUUAAGCAAUGAUGAAACAAUUUUGAUACAAUGUUACUAGCCUCAUACAAAAGCAGUUGUUUGACAAUAGAUUGAUGAUGCAUUCACAGAAAUAAGUUUGAAAGGGCCCAAAUAAUUUACACAAAAUGUCUGACUUUCUCUGAAAAUUUAUGUCUAUUGUUUUUAUUUUACAAGGGGACAAAAAAUAGCCUUUUCUCCCCUUUAAGAAAGGAAGACAUAUUGUUUUAGUAUGAUUUCUUCUUCCUCUGGUAUCACAGCAAUAUAGCCCUUUUCUGUGCUGAUGCACCAUAAAGCAAUCACCAAUCAAUCUUCCUCUGGUUAUUUUUGUUCACUUACAACAUUUUCUAGGUCAUAAAUUGUUUAUUCUUUUGACAUUCUUCAGAUAUUUAUAAAAAGAAACUGAAACAAUAUGUAUUUAAACUUAUGCUUUUCAUGUUUGAUCAAAAUUUGGGGAGAUUAGAAAUAGGAAAUGAAAUUCUCUCUUAAUUCAUUUUUAAGCUCACCUAGCCUAAAGGGCCAUUUAAUUCCAGGAAAAUGCUACUACCCAGAUAUAUUUAUUUAUAUUUCAGAAUAAUGUAUUUGUUCAGCCGGAAUAAAAGAUGUGAACUGUCUGAUUUUUUUUUUCUUCUGGCCUUCCGUGUUUAUUAAUGGUACCCUGUCAAGUGUGUAAUAGUUUUUAUACAAGUGAAAGUAGAGAAAGAAGAGAACAAAAAUAUAAGUAGGCCUUUACUGUGUUUUUUCACCUUCAGUUCAUUAUGAUUAGUAUUAUUUUUGUAUGGCUUUGACAAAUACUUGAUGUGCCAAUUUAUUUUUGUUUUUAUAUAUUAAACAUUAUGUUUAUAAGUUCAUUAUUUAGAUAUCUAGGGCUAAAUAAACGUAUAUCAUGAACUGUACAUAAUUUCAUAAAGCACUGCCUUACAAGAAACAAGUAAAUCUCCACAUUAAGGUAGCUGGGGUGUCUUCUUCCAUCUUGGAUUUUGAAAUAGCAGAUAACAAUCAGUCUAGAUCUGUAAUGAAAUGUGCAAAUUUCACGAGUAGUGUGUAAUUCAUGUGGAAUACCUUUCAUGUUAAUAUAGUAAAAUAUGUGUUGAUUCAUAUGUUACGGCUGUAUUUAAAAAAAGAAAUAUUUUUAUUUGAUUCUUUUUUUUCAACUUUGCCACAUAAGUGGAGAUAACUCAGGUAAAGUAACUUUUAUAAUAAAAUGUGAUGUGAAUUUACCUAUCUUAUUAUGUAGGAAGAAAAUGAGUCUGGGAACCCAAUGGGCCAAGUGAGCUUUUCUCAUCACUUGGCGUCUGUUGUCUAUUUUCGUCGUCGUCCAAAAUCUUCUCCUCUGAAACUACUGGGCCAAAUUUAACAAAACUUGGCCACAAUCAUUAUUUGGGUAUCUAGUUAAAAAAAUGUGUCCGAUGAUCCCGCUUGCCAACCAAGAUGGCAGACAUGGCUUAAAAUAGAACAUAGGGGUAAAAUGCUAGUUCUGUCUAUUAUUUUGAAAACCGUUAUAAAUAGAGAAAAUCUGACAGGGCAAAAAUGUUCAGAAUGUUAAGCUCUACCAAUUGUUCAUACGACUUCUUAUAUGAGUUAUUGCCCUUAAAUGAUAAAUUUAACCUUUUUUUUUUUUCAUUUUUGCCUAUUAUCUUGAAAAUUAUGAUAGAUAGAGAGAAACUUUGAUUGCAAAAAUGAUCAGGAAGACAAGUUCUACAAAUAAGUCUCAUAAUCGAAAUUGUCAGUCGACUCCUUACUAAAGUUAUUGCCCUUUAAUGACGAUAUUUACCAAUUUUCUGCGUUUUUGCCUUAUAUCUUGAAAAUUAUAAUAGAUAGAUAGAAUCUUCAAUAAGCAAGACUCGAUCUACAAUAUUGACAAUAUGGAGUAAAUGGUCUGACGGCUCCUUAUUGGAGUUAUUGCCCUUUAAUGACGAUUUUUACCAUUUUUUUUGCGUUUUGCCAUCUAUGAUAAAAAAUAUAAUAGAUAAAUAGACACUUUAAAUUACAAAAAUAAACAGCAAGGCAAGAUCUACUAUAAAAUCAAAUUUUGCUGAUAUAGUUAGUAGACUGUCACUCUUUAUAGGAUUGAUUGCCCUUAAAUGAGGAUUCUUUUUUACCCUCUUGUGUGUUUUGAGCAAAAACUAAAAAAGAUAGAGAGAAAUUAAACAGACUAAAUGAUCAGUAAAACAAGAUCAACAAAACAGAGAUUUUUGUCAUGAAUUCUAUUCUUGUCUACAAUAUUGGAGAGUGUCCUUUAUUAAAUAUGCACUGUGUGUGCCACAUAAACCAAGGUGUGCGACACAGGCUCUUUAGUUUCUUUUUCUUAUCUGAAAGCAUAUUAUUAGAGCUAUCUUCUCAUAGUUUAUCUUUAAAUUCUAUGGUGUAGUUUUCAUUUUAAUCACACAAAAUUGGGUUUUCCAUGCAUAAUCUAUACAAAAUCUGACAAAUUUGCACAACCUGUUGCGUGAAAAAAGUCUGGUGACCAUACUUUUUAUAUUUUUGAAAAAAAGCAUGUUAUAAACUACUUGACAAAUUAUUAAAAAAUUCUAUGGAUAUUAAUUUAGACCCCCAAUCUACCUUAAAUCGUCAACCUUUUAAGAAAUGAUAGUCUUUUUUUAUAAGAAAAUAAAGGCCAUGCACAUUAAAUGUUAUCCUAUGACAUAGGAUAGUACAAAGCAAGAUUCAUAUCACAUUAUCAUAUUCUUGUCCUGAAUAUACAAUUCAUUUGCCACUGGAUGUUACAGCCAUUCAUCUAGCCAUCAUCCACAAUAACAGAAAAAAGUAUUUGACAAUGAGAGGAUUGUAAUUUCUAUUUAUCUGAAGUUAAAAAUUAGAAACAGUGGUCAAAACACCCACGAAUCUCGAAAUUUAAGCAAUUGGAUGAUGUUUUUUUAUAAAAUGUAAAAUGGUAAGGAUAUUUUGUAUUUUUUUCAAUACCUGUAAAUUUUUAUCAGUAUUUUUUUAAUAGUUAUAUUUCAGAAUAUUCUAAUGUUUAUCUUAUUAUAAGAACUUUCAAUUCUAUUUUCGAUUUUGUUCUUGUUUGAUUAAAUUUUUUCAACUCAGCCAUAUAAGGGGAGAUAACUUAUUUUUAUAAAGGAAUGUAUAGUUAAUUUACCUAUUUUGUUUUGAAGCAAGAAAAAGAAUUCUGUUACACAAUUUUUUUUUAUUUCCUUAUAAGAGCUUACUUAUCAUAUUUUAUUUUGAAAUUCUAUCAUUCAGUUUUCCUUCUAUUUACACAAAAUUGAAUUUUCCAUGAAUAAUCUAAACACAUCUGACAAUUUUGCACAACCUGUAAGUUGAAAAAAGUUCUAUGACUCAUACCUUUUAUUAUAGUUUUGAAAAAAAGCAUGAUAUAAAUUAUAUUUUGGCAAAGUAUUAAAAAAUUCUAUUAUUUUUCAUAUAGACCCCCUAUCUACUUUAAUAAAUUUUUAUUACAUACUGAAAGAAUAAUUUUGGGAAGGGGUUUGCCUGAAAUAAAAAUCUUUCUUAAAGUAUUGUGAAAGUUGGAUGUUCAUGGAAAAUAUAUCUUUUUUGUGUUAUCAAUUUAACUCAGAUUAUUCAAACUUUUUUAGAAUGUAUGAGUAUAUAAUGAAGAUAUGGACUUGACUCUAUGUUCAAGUUUGUAGAUUUUUUUUGGAGUUUAAAAGAUUGUGAGUUAAAGGCAAACGCUUAGCAGCAAUAUGGAUGAGGGGUAUCCAUCUUUUAUUAUAUUUUAUUUACUUUAUCUAAAAUUGAGUAAGAAAUUGAAAAGCUAGAAAAUAUCUCUGCUUGGAAACUAUCUAUAUUUGUACUAUGGGAACAUUUUUUACCAAUAAAUCAUCUGGGAUUAUCUGUGCUGAUCACACAGAUAAGUAACUUCUCUUAGCAUUUUAAAUUCUAAAAAAAAUUAAUUGACUUGGUCAGAAUGAUAUUGAAUUAUAAAAAAGUUUAUUUGAAUACAUUUUUUGAAAUUUGACAUUAAAUCAAUACCAAAAUUUUGCCACUUCUGUAUUUAUUAAAGGAAUUGUUUGCUGUUUUCUUGUGUUUAUAGUAAUUUAAUUUACAAAACAUUUGUAAUACAGAUUCAGUUAUGUUUAAAUUUGUUCAUUAUCCAUGUUUUUAGUUCUACACCAAUAAAAUUGGCAAAUUCAUUGUUUUGAAGUUUCUGUUGAUCACUCCUAGUCUUCACCUUAUUUUUGUAAAGCAGCCAUAACAAAUGUAAAUAAAUUUUACCAUUUACCAUUCAUUUUAUACAUCGGUCAUAUAUUUCAUUUCAUAGUUUUAAAGAAUUUAAUAUUUUUAUGGAUUUGAUUUUUGAAGUUUUUGUUAACAGUUUUAUGAUUCAAGUGUAUCAGUAUAUCAGAUUGGAUAUCUAUACUUUAAGAGGAUUUUGUAUUGCAAUGUUUUUCAUCAAGCAAAAAAAAAGGAUUAGUAACUUGUUAAAUUUGAUUUUGUAUGAUAACAUUAUUCUAAAUCAUUUUCAAAUGUAAUAAAUACUGUAUUUUGGAUAAUCUUCAAUGAUUUACUACAAUAAACAAAAUAAAUGCAUGAAAAAAGUUCUGAAUUAACAUUUUAUGAUCAGGAAUAUAGUUAAUAAGAAAUGAAAUAGAAUAUGUAAAUAAAAUGUCAUAAUAUUAGAUGUAAAUUUUUUUAGAAAAAAUAUUUAAUCCAUGUAACAAUUAGGUAGUUUUAUACGUACACAUUAUACUUACAUCAAUUUAAAACCUAAGAUUUGGUUAAAAAGUCAGUGUUAAAAUAAUAACAUAUAACUUUUUUUGGAAGUUCUUGCAUACAUUGGUAAUUUUUUAGGAUAGUCAAAAUGGCAAAAGCAAUGAGUGUACUUUUCAUAGAGAUCAAAAUUAAGGUUCUGUGAGAAUGAAUAGUUUUGAUUGAACUAUAUGUAUUCUUUGUAUAAUUGCACAAGUAUUUAGAUUUUACAUUUUUUUUCUCCAUAUUCCCCCUUAAUAUUCAAUCCAAAUUAUAGUAAAAUCCCUGGACCUGACCUUCUGGUAUUUAGUUAUUGAAAUACAUCACUAUUACUCUAGAUUACUCUAGUCAUCUACAACACUUCCUUUUUGAAAGUACUAACAUAUGUAAGAUAUUUUGGGAUCGUAUCAUUACCAAAUAUUUAGCUAUUAAUUAUUUCAAAGAAACAAGGACAUUACCUUAAUCAGGAAGAUUUUUAUCAGUCAUUAAGCUUUUGAUUUUGCCAUUUUAUAAAAGACUUUCUGUUUUGAAUUUUCCUUGGAAUUUCGGUAUUUUUGUUAUUUUACUUUUUAAAUCGUUACAGGUGUUUUUUAGAUUAUACCUGUUUAUAUUCAGUAAUCAUUUUUUGGUACUCAUAGAUGUAUAAAACAUGUUAUUAUAAACCAGUGCUUAGCAUAUAAAUGCAAUGUUGUUUUUAGACUAGUUUUAUCAGAUAUAAUAUUAAAAAAUAUAUUAAUGUAAAAUUUUUAAUUAAACACCUUUUAUUUGAAUUUGCAGAUGAUUUAUUUUCUUUAGACAGAUAUUCAAAUAAUUAAGUAAAGCAUAGUGUUUCACAUGAAUUGUUAUUAUGGAGUCUAUAAAAGGGGCAUUAGCUACGAGAUAUAAAAAAAAUUAAAAUAUGAAAUUUUUUUUCAUUCAUUAAUGAAAGUGAAAUAGUGAAAUAUUAAUUCGCUUUUAGCAGGCAAUUUUGUGCAAAUUUGUCAAAUAUGCAAAGAAACAUCGCUGAUGAAUUAUUCACUUGCAAGUUAAUAAUUUGACCUCAUUGAAUACAUAUUCAUGUGACCUUCAAUUUAACCCCUUAGCUGGACAUGGGUUACGCAUGUAUUUAGCUAUGAAAAGGAAAAGAAUGUCAACAUUGAAAGUGAAACAAGGAUGAAUCACAUGGUUGACUGAUUCGAUCCACAAAAAAUCAUUCUUAUACAGGUAAAAACAAUGAUAAACAUACUUUUAAACCUACAAUAUUGAAUCAAACAGACUUAGAAACAUAGAAUUGCAUGUGGUCACUAUCUAUUUAUUUUUAUGUUUAUAUUGGGUUAUAUGACCGUCAGCAGUCUUCGGAGGACAUCUCGAUCAUCUUGACGGUUAAUUAGAUGACGUCUAUACAAAAAUACACACAAAAUGUUGAUACACAUAUUGAGGCCAUGCAUUGUUAACUGUUUGUGUUUGGACUUUUUUAAAUUUUGAAUACAUUUAAGUAUGUUAUAAAUCAAAUAUAAGAAUUUGAGUCAAAUCGGUAAACAUGAUUUUGACAGCUAAUGCCCCUUUAAGUUAUUUUUUUACUAUUAUAUGUAUUUCAGUGAUUCAUUAUGAAUCACUGUUAAGAAUCUUAACACAAAUCAGUCAUGACUUAGAUAUAAUAUUGAUCAAUCUAUUAUUUAAAAGUACCCAACAAACAAUCAAACAGGUAAAAAUCAUGUUAAGAAAAUUUCUUGGAAGGUUUUUGUAUAAAUAACCUUUAAUUUGGAAUUUAUGUGCAGGAAUUGUUUAAUUAAAGUACUAUUUAAAUCAGAUGGUAGAUACCAAAGUGACAUUCAUAAGUCACAGAAAAACUGACAAUUCAAUGUCAAAAAAAUACUAAAAGACAAACAACAGUCUACAAAACCAGUAUUGUCAAACAUUUUUGUGUGAAUUUAUUAAUGUGAUUGUUGAAAACUGGAAAAAAACUAGAUUUAUUAUCACCAUAUUCGGAAAUGCUAUACAGUAUAUGCAAAUAAUGAUAUCAAAAUUUAAAAAUUGGAUUUUUCUAUUGUCUUGUCUACUACAAAAGUCACAAAAUGCAAGACACAGGGAUUACAAUCCAGCGAUGGUGAUGGCAUAAAAUAUUUGUAUAAAGCUUUACUUUUCAGAAAGUAGAAGACCUGGAUGAUUCAUACUUUGUGUGCAGAUACAUUUAUCUAAAAAAGUUUCCUUCUGUCAUAUAUCCAUUGUCCUUUACCUUAUUUUCAUGAUUUAGUGAAUGCUGGAACAAAAAUUACAGUUUUUAUUUGUCGAGUGAAAUACUAACUUAUUGUGAGUAAUAGGAUAAAUAUUUUUAUAUAUGGGUUCCUUGCAAUGGCUUCAUAUCAGUCAGUAAGGGUUCACCUGACAUCGACAUCAUUUCAUGGAUCAGUGAUUACUGUUAAAGUUACAUGGUCAACUAUAUUUGGUGUCUGGAAUGAUUGAAAGGUGUACAUGUCUGUAUGGCAGGUGUCAUAUGACAUUGUCUUUAUUCAGGGUUAAUUGGUCAGUGAUAAGUUUUCGUGAAUUUGUCAGUUAAUCAGAUACUACCAGCAAUACUUAAACUAUAUUUGGUGUAUGGCAUGAUUGUUAGGUGUACAUGUCUGUCUGUCAGGGUUCAUAUUACCUUUGCUCAUUUUCAUGGUUCAUUGGUCAAUGUUAAGAUUUUGUGGUUUAAACCGUUUCUCGGGUACUAUAAGCGAUAUGACCUAUAUAUUUGGUGUAUGGAAUGAUUGUCAGGUGUACAUGUCUGUCUGGCAUUAUUCAUCUGACUGUGACCUCAUUUUCAAAGAACAUUGAUAAUAAUAAGUUUAUACAAUACUUGUAGUAAAACCUUCAUAUUACAGACUAUCAACAUAAAUUCAUAUGUUAAGCAGGCGAGACAUUUUAGAUUGUGCACUCUUGUUAUUACAAAAGAAAUGUUGCUCAAUUAUAAAAUUAUUGCAAGAUGUUUGAAUUAAUGUUAAACAAAGAAAAAUAAUAUAAAACUAGGAAUUGCAUUUUACAAGAAAAGAAUAUUUUUCAUGUUUGUAUUAAGAAGUAGACUAUUUGAUUGGAUAAUUUUUGAAGAGUGGAGGAUACUGUGUAAAUUCUCUCUUUUACUCUUUAUGCUUAUGUUUUUUGUCUGCUUUAAGAAUAAAAAUCACAUAAUA